UUUGAUACAACUCUAAUCUGUAAUUUCAAUCCGGGUUCUUCAAGAGUUUUGAGUGUAGCAACGAACAAAUCAUUACAUUACCGGUCUUGGGAUCAUCUUUUUAUCAGUAUAAAUCGGCCUUUUUGGCAAGAUGAACGCGGCAGCACCAGAGAAUGCUAGUAGCAGCUCCACAAGAUCGGGAGGAGAAGACAACUCCAUGCCGAUUGCUCUAUUGCCAGCGCCUGUGCGCGAGGAGCUUUGCGAUCAUUUGGACACCUUGGAUGUGUGGAGAAAGUUGGCGACUUUCGUGAAACUGUAUCCCAAUGAUGUCCAAUACAUUCAAAACCAGAGUUUGCGUGGACAUUCCCCCACAAACGAAUUUCUCAACAUUUGGGGCGGCCAAUACAAUCACACAGUAAACACACUGUUCGCACUUUUACACAACAAUAAACUUCGCAGUGCCAUGAUGAUUAUUAAAGACACUGUGGAUGUAAAACUCCACAAAUAUAUUCUGAGAUGUGAAGAGACUGUUAGCGAGCAGCGUGAGCCGCCAAGUACCCGCUCCAAUAACAAUGUUAAUGAAAGUUGUCAUAGUAACAGCUUAGAAUCUCCAGACGAUAUUCGAGUCAGCAGUGUCCAACGUGCUGCCCAAUCAUUGUUAGAAAUCGAUUACGACGAGUUGGUUGAAGCAACAGGAAACUGGAGCCCCGAGAAUAAACUCGGCCACGGUGGCUUUGGUGAAGUCUUCAAAGGGGAGUUUAAAAAUACCGAUGUGGCCAUUAAAGCUAUGAAUUAUAAGCAUAAGCAUAUCAAUAAAAGACAAGUGCAUCUGCAACAGAGCUACAAUGAGCUGAAAUACUUGAAUACCCUUCGACAUGACAACAUUCUGGCUCUCUACGGCUACAGCAUUAAUGGCGAGAAGCCCUGUCUAGUGUAUCAACUGAUGAAGGGCGGUUCACUGGACUCCAGACUAAGAGCGCGCAACUCAAAGUCGCCAGUGCCUCCAUUGACAUGGCAGCAGCGCUUGUCUAUAUCCUUAGGCACUGCCAAAGGCAUUUAUUUUCUACACACGGCGCGUACAAAGCCCCUGAUACAUGGGGAUAUUAAGCCCGCCAAUAUUCUGCUAGAUCACUGCCUACAGCCGAAGAUUGGAGAUUUUGGAUUGGCCCGUGAAGGUCCCAAGUCCAUCGAUGCGGUCAUGGAAGUGGCAAAAGUCUUUGGCACAAGAAUCUACUUGCCACCAGAGUUUCUCAGCUCCAAGAAGCUGAGCACCGGUGUUGACAUCUAUAGCUUUGGCGUUGUAUUGCUAGAAGUAUUUACUGGCCGACUGAUGGCCGAAUGUACUCUACAAAACGAUCAGCAGCUUCUGCUUAAAUCAGUUAAAGAAAGUUGCCAGCAAUCGCAUGAAAAUCGCUUCGAGAUAUUUGACAAUCAUCUCGUGACACCAAUGGGCGAGGAAUUGGAUAGAUGCUUGUGUGCCAUAGAAGUCGGUCUAAAGUGCGCCGCUUCCAACUCCCAGAAUAGGCCAUCUAUGGAUGACGUUGUAAAGAAAUUCAAGACAUUCGACAUUGAAUUUUAGAUAUUUAUGCUAUGUUUUUAAAGAAAUGCAUUCCAAUAUAUA